AUGCCCCGCAGGACAGUCAACCCACCAGAUCGCGAUCAACAACAACAACAACAACAGCAACAACAAACAACCCAACCACAACCACCUUCCCGCAUCGCACAACCGGGGCACGCGUCUCCACUCCAGCGGACCACCACUACCCUCGGCAGCAGUGGCACAACUGGUAUCCCCAAGAGCCGACUCGCCCCUCCUUCAGUCGUCGCCUCCUCUUCCUCGUCUACCAGUGGUACUGGCCCUAGCACAGGAUUACCUCCAGGCAGACGACUUCAAUACCAGCUCCCCGUUUCUAGUCGUCUCGACAACAACCAUUAUACCACCUCUUCACACCACUUUCAGCAACAACAACAACAACAACAGCUGCAAGGGGGUCUCGGCAGUAGCGCUGGCAGUAGUAGCAGCAGUAGCAGGCCUCUCCAGUCCUCCACCUCGUCCUCUAUCGCCUCCUCUGCCACCACCGCCACCACCACCGGCAUGGGCUUCCCCUCUCCCUAUCACUCGCAGCAACAACAGAGACACCACCUCCCGCUGCAACAACAACAACAACAACAACAACAGCAGCAGCAGCAUCUGGCCUAUGCUCGAUAUGAAGCAAACAAGUUGGCACCUAGAGUAGGAACCAGCAUACCACAUCACCCUGGCAACCGACAUAAUAAUAUCAACAAUAAUACCAAUACCUUCAACACACAGAGCAUUCAUGGAGGCGGCAUGAUGACCACCAAUACCAAUACCCAUAUGGUCACCGCCGCAACAACCACAACGACCACCACCGCCACGACCAAUAACCCAGACAAACCAAAGAUUCGCAAAAAGGACAAGGCCCCAAGGAUCCCGCCUCCUGAUAUGAUUGUCGACAACAACGGAAAGAUGUCCUAUACCCGCGGCCCACCCCUUGGCGAGGGAGGAUUCGCAAGCUGUUUCUUGAUCUCGGACCAGAAGAACGGUCGCUUUGCAGCCAAGGUCAUCCAAAAGUCGGAGCUGCACACCGCCAAGGCCCGCCACAAGCUCUUCGCCGAGAUCAAGAUUCAUCAGGAUCGCACCCAUAAGAACAUUGUCAAGUAUUACCACUGCUUCGAGGACGACAACUUUGUCUACCUCGUUCUGGAACUGUGCGAGAGCAAGACACUUAUGGAGCUUAUCAAACGCAGGAAACGGCUUACGGAACCAGAGGUCCGGUAUUACGUCAAACAAAUCGUUGCAGGAUGCGCCUACCUGCACGAAGAAAAGAUCAUUCACAGAGACUUGAAGCUCGGAAACAUCUUUUUGACGAAGGAUCUCCAGGUCCGUAUUGGUGAUUUCGGAUUGGCAGCUGUUCUACUGAACGAGGGCGACCGGAAGAAGACUAUCUGUGGAACACCCAACUAUAUUGCCCCCGAGAUCUUGUUUGACACGGACAACGGACACAGUUUCGAGGUCGACGUGUGGUCGGUGGGCGUCAUCAUGUACACGCUACUGAUAGGAAAGCCCCCAUUCCAAACGAACGAGGUCAAGGCCAUCUACAAGAAAAUUCGAGACAAUAUCUACGAGUUCCCCAAGGAUGUGCCUAUCUCGGAAGAGGCCAAGAGUCUUAUUGCUCGUCUGCUGGAUCCAAAGCCUAAAUCACGACCCUCGAUUGCUACGGUGACAAAGCACGCGUUUUUUACAUCAGGGUACUGCCCUUCUAAACUGGACUACUCGGCACUGGAAACAGCACCCAACUUUGACCGGGAAGAGCGUUUGUUCAAGCAGGAGCGAUUGCAACAACAGAUGCAGCAGCAAUGGGAUGAGCAACAGGCAGUCAACACCCAGCCGACAAAGCGAUACUCUGAUUUCACGGCCGAUAUGUUAGACCAGAUGCCCACCACCCCAACAGCAGCAAAUCGCCAGCCAGUGCUCCCUCAUACCUCUGGAUCGGAGCAGCACCAAGACCCAACGCGAUAUACCCAUAAUGACGCGUUAACCCCGUCUAGGCAGGCACAACAGCAGCAGGGUAGUCCUGCCUCUGGUAGCAAGCUAAAUUACGGCGACAAGUUCAAGAUCGAGAUGGUUGAUGGCGACAAGGUCACCACUGAAAUCAGGACGAUGAGCGCUUUACGGAUGCGUGCUGGCCCCGACUUCCAUCAGUUUUCCCAAGCACACGCGCGUCUUCAAAAGGAGCAGCAGCAGCAGCGACAGGAAAACCAAUCGCAUAUGUCCUCGACAGCUACUGGUAAUGACUUUUCGACGUCAAUCCCUCAGGCCAAUAGGACGGAGCGUGGAGCUUCGUCGAGGCUCCCUGUGCCACGGUCUCGCGUUAAUCAGACACCCAACACUCCCUCGCUCCAGCAAGGCUACGCCUCAGAAGUUGACCCUCAGCAGCAGGUUCAGCAGCCUUCUGCAGCGACGCCGACGAGAAGCAGUUUCAAGUCUCCACUCCACAAUGUCGCGUCACCCAGGCCUCCGAGUUCAAUGGCCAUGAGCGCUUCCUCGCCCAACCUCUCCAGCCUUCCUCGGUCAUCGAUUCCUGCGCAGCACCAGCGUCAGGAGUCGCAGCUGGGAACGAGCCAUUCACCAUCGACUAUGAACAGGAGGCGAUCAUCCGAUAUGGUCAGCAUCAUGGGCGGUCCGGCGUUCGGCAAAGCUCUUAUGGAUCGACGUCAGGAGGCGAAGCGACUGGGCAUUGCGACAGAAGAGCCCGCUAACACUCCUCAGUCUGGCAUGGAUGAUCUCUUUUCUCCCGUCGCCACGACUCCCUCACGGUUCUCAUACCAUGAGGAGGAUCACCAGCAAACAUCGCAACAGCGCAACAUGACUUCUCAGCAGCAAACUGGUCAACAUCGACUCCGUCAUGACGACUUGAUGGAUCUGGAUUCAGAAAGCGGUAUGGAGGUUGACCAGGAUCCUCCUCAGCACUUCGAUCUGAUUGUCAAGCAGAUCUCAGAGGGUCAGCCAACGUACACGCUUCCAAGCAACAGCCAACCUAAACGUCAGCAAAGUUCUUCUCAGACACACCAGGACCAGUCCCCCUUCCAAAGCUCCCAGGCACGGUACAGCGAUACGAAUGGAGGAGGCCGCCACGGAGAAUCCACUUCACCUUCGAUCCUGAUUCAGAAUGUGCAAGGAGUUGAACGACCUGCCAGUGCGAUGCAAAGGACCUUCAGCCAGGAACGGGAGAUGUCCGAGAUGGCCCGGGGAAUGGAAUCGCCACGGAAGAUCUCAAGGACCCUGCACUCUCACUACCACCAUUCGUCUGUCGAUGCUGGAACUGGGUCCUUACCUCGAGGCAUGUCACCUUUCAAUCCCGCGGCUUCCCUUUCUCAGUCUCAGCAACACUCCUUUUUGCACUCGAGCCAGCAUGGUCCCUAUGGGGCGAGCGCUUCAAGUCACACAUUGAAGCACCACUCUUCGCAGCCCUUGUCGUCUCAUCAGCGUCAUGCCACUACGACUGCCUCUUCACCUUCAGUCCGUAUGUCCUCGCAGAGCUCCCAGCACUGGCCAGUGGAAGUGACCGGUGCUUAUCGCCAAUACAGGGAGGAGAGCACUAGUCCUGGCUCUAGUCCAAAGUUGACGCAUAUGGUCCCAACCAUGAGCUUCCCGUUGAGUCCCACUCAGCGCCCACACUCUUUGCCUAUGGAGCGCACACGGUCCCACCCUUCUCACAGCCGCGUUGGCCUUGGAUUGAGCGUUUCAGAGCAUAACGACGUUCAUGGUACAGCCAUUGGAGGAAUGGUGCGUUCCGCUCCGGAGGAAGAGCUCAGAGGUUCUCAACGGCAGCAUCAGCAACAACUGUCAGGAGAUGCGAUGGUCCCAACAAGACCGCCUUCUUCCCUCUCGCUCAGACAGCCAACACCCACACAGGCUACAGCUGGAAAGCAGGGCGUCGAGGAUCCGUACCGGUACCAGUUGACGAGCCAGCUGCAGCGCCGGAACCAACAGGCCAAGCAGCAGCAAAUAUUGCAGCAGAGUCUGCACGCCCAGUCGCCCACUCCCCCUUCCCCUUCACCCGCAAAAUCAAUGACCAAGAUCAGCGUCAGAUCGAGCUUGCCGUCGUUUUCGUCCCCUACAGGCAACUCUCAGCAGCAGCAACAACAGCAGCAGCAUCAUUCGCAGCCGCUCCCACAGGAUCACAGCCAGCGUCACGACCAUUCUUCCAACUCCAACUCCCAGUCCUUGUCACCUUCUCUGUCUCGCUCCCUUCACUUGUCUCAGCACCAGGAGGACUCGGGAUCACAUCAGAGUCAGCAGAGCCAGCAUAGUCGGCGUAGUCAGCAUAUGCAUAUGCAGCACCGAUCUCAUCAGAUUGUGAUUGCAGGCAGCAGUGACAUGGACACGUCCACAAGCAACGCGGAUUCUUCCGUGUCAGUGUCUUCUGCUGAAGAGAGCAGGACCCCUGAGCAGUUUGAGGCUCGCCUAAAGCAGCGGAGGAUCAUGAAGCGCCAGUUGAAGCAGGAUGCUGCUAUGACUGCCAGUCAGCUGCGAUCCGUUUCAUCUCUUGGUGGGAAAAGCCAACAGAAUGUUCCAGAUCAAGACGAACCAGAGCAAGACGAACAGGAAUCGAUACCGGCAGUCGUCGGCAGCGGUAUUGCUCACCAACACCAAAACGGUCAUACCAAGCAGAGCAAUGAGACUACGAUGGCGGGAAUGAGCUCCGGAGGUAACUCGGAUGAACAAGACCAUGUCGAAGUCCCAUCGACAAGCUGCAUCACGACCACCUCCCUCUCGCUGUCGAUGCAUCAUGACCACCCUGCACACCACCAGAAGCUUCAACAACCACAGCAGCAGCAACAACAACCACAACAACAGCAGCAGCAGUUGCAAAUGCACCUCCACAACACCAACAACACCCCACAUCCACGUCGCGAGGACACUACAGUCCAGGCCCUCAUUCCCAGGCAAGAGCGCUUGCGUCAUACAACCUCACACACGGAUGAGAUCAGCAACGACCUUCAAGUGUCCAAAAAUAAGAAGAGUGUUCGCCGUCCAGGCUCAAGUCAGCCUGCCGAGGGACCUAAAAAGCUGGGGAGUCAAGGAGAAACAGAACAAUUCCUUCGGAGUGUGAUUGAAGCUCGUCGCACAGGUCAAUUGGAGUACCCAGCCAGAGACCAGCUCAUACCGACAGCGCCAGAGGUGUUUGUGGUCCGCUGGGUCAACUACCAGCACCGUUACGGAUUCGGAUUCCAGCUGUCCAACAGUGUCUUUGGAGUCAUCUGCAACGACAACACUACCGUUGUCCUGUCGCCCAACGGAGAUGAUAUUGAGAUCAUCUAUGGAACGGCACAUCUCAACAGUAAUUCAGGAUCGCUGCCAGCCCACCAAAAGAGCAGACAUCGCAAAGACAAGGAUGAUUCUCUUUCCCGCGCCGCAUCUGCGACUCCAUCGCUCAAGAACCCACAGAGAUCCAGCAGCAGCAGUCGUACGAUCAAGGCCAAGGAGGAGGAAACUCACACAGGCGAAGUUGUCAGGGCUACGUCAAGGAGCACCGAGGUCAGAUCGGGAGACGCCAUAAGCUCCAGUACCACCCUUACCGGAUCAUCGACGAGCCGGAAACCCAAGAGCGCGGCCGGAGAUGCUGCCAAGGACCUCGACACGUAUGACAAGUUGGACGAUGAGGAAUACCUGAAGACGCUGGAGCGGUCGUACUGUCGGAUGAGAGACUACCCAUCUCGAUUCGAGAAAAAGGUGACGCUGCUCAACAAUUUCAAGGACUUUAUGUUGAACUGUCUGAAAGGUACCGCGCCGUGGACCUAUAUCGAUGUGGACCUGAGAAGGAACAUGCCCUUCCUGACGGAUAUCUUCCAGAACGUACAUGUCGUCUCUCGCCUUAGCAACGGCAUCACCCAGGUCAACUUUGCGGAUCAUUCCAAGAUUGUAUUGUCCCAGCGCGGUCGAGUGGUGACAUUCAUGGACAAUGAUGAGAAGCGCCGUCGAGUCACCCUCACGACACGCCAGGCCCUCUCUGCAGAGUUCUUCUACGAUCUAGAUGAUCCCAACGAUCAGGCCAGGACUGUCCAUGACGAACUGAGGCAGAUCACGCAGGCUAGAGCCGCUCAAGAUGCGUUUGAUCAAAAGCGCGAACGCGAGCUUCUUGAACAACACCAGGACGGCAGGAGCGAAGGCUUGCAACUGUUUCAACAACAAUACCGGGAGACACGACCUGCGUACAACUCUGAGAAGGACAUCGAUUUGUACCUUUUCCCGCGGCCCAACUUGGCUGGUCAAAUGGCGCGGGCGUCACAGGGGAUGCUCUUGUCGACUGAGGAUCUGUUGAGGGCGAACAGGGAUGCGUCGCAGAUUGAGGAGACUCUGAUCACGAACGAUUGCAAGCGGGUGGUGAUUCGUCGGAUGACCUUCAAGACGUUGCAUAAGCAGAUUGUGCUUCGCCUCCGCAUUGCACAACGGUUGAUGAGGGAUCGUGCGAUUGAGUUGGCGGAGGAGAGGGAGAAGGACAGUGGACAUCCUCGGAGACGGCAUCGCAGCAAACAUCACCACCAUCGUAGCAAGGAGUCCCGUGAGUCGAAGGAGGGCAAGAGUUCGUCGAGGAAGGAGGGUGGCGGUAGUGGUGAACUUGCAGUUGUUGCCAAUGCUGCCCCGCAAGAUAUGAGCGGUGUCAUACAGGACCAAGCUCGCGCCGAGGAGGAAGAUAUGAGUUCGAGAGCGAGGAUUGAACCUAUGAGCGAGGUGCUUGAGGAGGGGGAACUGGAUCAAGUUCGCCAAUGGGAGCACAUGCCUGUCAAGAUUGAGGACGAGGAGUAUUGA